AUGUCCGAGGUGAUUGGCUUUCCUGUCAUCAGUAGCUUGAUGGUGGCGGUGAAAUCUCGCCGUCAUGGUGACGACCAAAGAGAUCUAGGCACGAUUUUUGUGGAGCAGUUCCAAAGAAUUGAACAACGUGAUAAUUAUUCAAAGGGAAAGCCAUUUUUAAAGCUCAAGGCGCCAUAUCACGACCUACAUGCGUUGCAGAGUGCCAUUGAUGGGAACAAGAUCAAUCCCAGGGAUGACGGUCUUGGCUGUCUUUUCUACGCUCGAAAAGAGGAGUGGUUCACCACCUGGGAAUUGGGGGUAUCGUUGCCACCUAGCGGAGAGGAGGGAGAGGAGAUGGCUAAAAUCAUUGUAGCAUUGGUCCGCCAGUGGGUGAUUUAA